AUGUCGCAGAAGAAGAUAUUCCUGGUCUUCGUCGCCAUCAGUACUGUCAGUCUUCUGCUGCACCAUGGGGGCCACUUGAGCUGGACCAUAGAGGCAUUUCACCUCGGUUGCCCUGCCCUCCGUUCCCACCCUGCCCCGGGCCUCAAACCUAAGCACACCAAUGUGGCCUUCCUCAAGACCCACAAAACAGCCAGCACCACAAUGCAGAACCUGCUCUUCCGCUUUGCAGAGCGCAACAACCUCACGGUGGCAUUGCCCGUGCAGGCCUGCAGCCACCAGUUCUGCUACCCACGCUCCUUCACCUCUCACUUUGUCCACCCGCACACGCUGCCGCCAAACAUCAUCACCAGCCACAUGCGCUUCAACAAGGCAGAGCUGCUGCGCCUGAUGCCCAAUGACACAACGUAUAUCACGAUCCUGAGAGAGCCGGGCUCAAUGUUUGAAUCCUUGUUCAGUUACUACAACCAAUACUGUCAGAGUUUUAAGAGGGUCCCCAAUGGCUCAUUGGAGGCUUUUUUACAGGAGCCCUGGCACUACUACCGACCAGAUGAGAAGGACUCCAUGUAUGCACGCAACACCUUGACCUUCGACCUGGGCGGAGACAAGGAUCGCCCAGUAACAGAUGUGGUGUACGCACGGGCCUUUCUGGCUGAGGUGGAGCGAGUUUUCUCCCUGGUGAUGAUUGCUGAGUACUUUGAUGAGUCGCUGGUUCUCCUUCGCCAUCUCCUCUCUUGGGACCUGGAGGACAUUCUGUACGUUAAACUCAACAUGCGGACACCAAGCUCAAAGCGAAGCCUGACGCCAGGGCUCCCUUCGAAGAUCAGAGCCUGGAAUUCCUUAGACGCACGUCUCUACGACCACUUUAAUGCCUCCUUGUGGCGCCAGCUGUCAACUCUGGGUCCAGCCUGUGUGGCGAGAGAGGUACGACUCCUUCGGCGAGCCCAGGAGAGGUUAAUGAGGAGCUGCUUCGGUGGGCGGAUGCCGCUUCUCCGAUCAGCCGCGCAGAUCAAAAACAAGGAUCUCCGCCCGUGGCAGCCUAGUGGAAAAGUUGACAUUGUGGGCUACGACCUCCCGGUAAAUCUCAGCCGUGGGUUCUCGAGCCAGGCCCAGGAGCUCUGCCUCAAGCUCAUCAUGCCAGAGGUCCAGUACACACGGGUGCUCCUACGUUCCCAAUCGCUGCGCUACCGCCGUGGCUACCAGCUCCGACCUCCACAGCAGACACAUCCCCUCCAGCAACCCAUACGCACAGUCCUCCCUCGGCAUCCUCAAGUGCAGCGCAGCCAAUCACCCCCUGUAGCCCCAGGCCCUGCAUCAGGGACGGGGUCCACCUCCACCUCCACCUCGAAGCCUGCUGCAGGAACUCAAGGUCGGACCACAAAGUUAAGGCCUAAAUCCUCACAGACCCAGGGCUCACAGACUAAAAAGUAG